AUGUCUCCUCCAACGGGUACUCUCCUAAGAACCCAGACCAAGUGGACAUCCUGAGAGUCUAUUCAGCUGCAGAAGGCUAUGUGGCAUACCGAAAUGAGAAUGGCUCAGACUUCAUCCAGACUCUUGUAGAAGUUAUCAUAGCUGAUCCUGACCAGGACCUUUUGGAGCUUCUGACUGAAGUAAACAAGAGGCUAUGUGAGAUGGAGGUGCUUGGUCCAGACUGUGAUGAAAUACGAAAGAUGAGCUUAGAGAUCCGGAGCUCCCUGAGGAAACAAUUGUAUCUAAAG